CUUGGUAAGGCAAAUUGAUCCUUCAUUUCCGAAUCUGGGUUGGCGGGGGAAGCCAUUUGAAGCCAAAGGUUAGAAACUCAGAACCCAAAACAGAAUAAAAGAAAAAGAAGAAGAAAUAGAUAACAGUAAACACACAUAUAUACAGUAUUGUGCUGUAUGUCAAUAGAGUACUACAGUGCUAAGUACUACGGUGAGGUUGCUAACCCCUUGCAAUGGCCUCAACUCAGGAAAAAACGACGCCUUGUUUUAUUCCCAAGGUCCAUCCGUCUUCAUCUUCUCAGGUGCUACGUGUCGCCGUCGCCUCCGGGUCUGAUCCGUCCGAGGAUACCGUUCCCAAGAGAGCUCCCAUGGCGACCCUGAUCCGACCUGUUGAACCCAUACCGGAUCCUCCAGCUACAAAGACCUCUGCCACCACCAAAGGUAUUUCAAUCAUGACAAGGGCUCAAACCAGCCAUCCAUUGGAUCCAUUGUCUGCUGCUGAAAUCUCUGUUGCAGUGGCAACCGUAAGGUCAGCUGGAGCAACCCCUGAGGUGAGAGAUAGCAUGCGCUUUAUUGAGGUGGUUUUGGUGGAACCAGAGAAGCAGGUUAUCGCGUUGGCGGACGCAUAUUUUUUUCCCCCUUUCCAGCCUUCAUUACUUCCCAGGACAAAGGGUGGGCCUGUGAUUCCUACUAAGCUUCCUCUGCGCCAAGCGAGACUUAUCGUUUACAACAAAAGGUCCAAUGAGACCACUGUAUGGAUUGUUGAAUUGUCGGAAGUUCAUGCUGCAACUCGAGGCGGCCACCACCGGGGCAAAGUCAUUUCAUCUAAAGUUGUCCCGGAUGUCCAACCUCCCAUGGAUGCUAUGGAAUAUGCUGAAUGUGAGGCUGUCGUUAAGAACUUUCCUCCAUUUCGAGAGGCAAUGAAAAAGAGGGGCAUUGAGGAUAUGGAUCUUGUGAUGGUUGAUCCUUGGUGUGUGGGAUAUCAUAGCGAUGCUGAUGCCCCUAGCCGAAGACUUGCUAAACCACUUAUCUUCUGCAGAACUGAGAGUGACUGCCCCAUAGAGAAUGGUUACGCUCGUCCGGUUGAGGGAAUACAUGUCCUUGUUGAUAUGCAAAAUAUGGUGGUGAUUGAAUUUGAAGACCGUAAAAUUGUUCCCCUUCCACCAGCUGAUCCGUUAAGAAAUUACACUCCCGGUGAAACACGUGGAGGUGUUGAUCGAAGUGAUGUGAAACCACUACAGAUCAUUCAACCUGAAGGUCCCAGUUUCCGUGUUAGUGGGAAUUUUGUUGAAUGGCAAAAGUGGAAUUUCCGAGUCGGUUUCACUCCUAGGGAGGGUCUUGUAAUCUAUUCCGUUGCUUAUGUUGAUGGUAGUCGUGGUCGGAGGCCUAUAGCCCAUAGAUUAAGUUUUGUUGAAAUGGUAGUUCCUUAUGGAGAUCCAAAUGAUCCGCAUUAUCGGAAGAAUGCAUUUGAUGCUGGAGAAGAUGGGCUGGGUAAAAAUGCACAUUCUCUUAAGAAGGGUUGUGAUUGUUUGGGAUAUAUCAAGUACUUUGAUGCUCAUUUUACAAAUUUCACUGGCGGUGUUGAAGCAAUCGAGAAUUGUGUUUGUUUGCACGAGGAGGAUCACGGGAUCUUAUGGAAGCAUCAAGAUUGGAGAACCGGUUUAGCAGAAGUCCGACGGUCGAGAAGAUUAACAGUGUCAUUUAUAUGCACUGUAGCUAACUAUGAAUAUGGUUUUUCCUGGCAUUUCUAUCAGGAUGGUAAAAUUGAAGCUGAGGUUAAACUCACUGGAAUUCUCAGCUUAGGAGCAUUGCAGCCUGGUGAAAUACGGAAAUACGGCACUACCAUUGCUCCCGGAUUAUAUGCUCCUGUUCAUCAACACUUUUUUGUGGCUCGCAUGGACAUGGCAGUUGAUUGUAAACCUGGUGAAGCAUUUAAUCAAGUAGUUGAGGUGAAUCUUAAAGUUGAAGAACCAGGGAAGAGUAAUGUUCAUAACAAUGCAUUCUAUGCUGAAGAGGAAAUACUCCGAUCCGAACUACAGGCAAUGUGUGAUUGUGAUCCUUUGUCUGCACGCCACUGGAUUGUUCGAAACACACGAAAUGUCAACAGGACUGGGCAGCUGACAGGCUUCAAACUGGUACCUGGUUCAAAUUGUUUACCACUGGCUGGCUCUGAGGCAAAAUUUCUUAGAAGAGCAGCUUUCUUGAAACACAAUCUUUGGGUCACAGCCUAUUCGCGUGACGAAAUGUAUCCUGGAGGGGAGUUUCCGAAUCAAAAUCCGCGUGUUGGGGAGGGAUUAGCUACUUGGGUUAAGCAGAAUCGAUCUUUGGAAGAAGCUGAUAUAGUCCUAUGGUAUGUCUUUGGUGUGACGCACGUUCCUCGGCUGGAAGACUGGCCUGUUAUGCCGGUGGAACGCAUCGGUUUCAUGCUCAUGCCACACGGUUUCUUUAAUUGCUCGCCGGCGGUUGACGUUCCUCCUAGCGCCGCCGAUCUGGAGCUGAAGGACGACAUUGCGACCAAGCCUGUCCAAAACGGGAUAAUUGCUAAGCUUUGAAUGGUUUGCAGUUAAUAUAUUCAUCAAAUAUUUAGUUGAGCCAUUGGCCGUAAAGCACAAACUAUUAGGUACUGAAUUAA